AUGGUCGAUCAUCCCAAGACGGCAUCACUGCGCUCAUCUCAGACCUAUACCGACAUGGAUGACGUGGAAUCUGGAUCUCGAACAUACCACCCAGGAAGCUCCUUUUUUUCCAUCCACACAGACGCAGCCUGUAGCGCUUUAGACGGGAGGAGUUAUCGUUUUGGUGGCGUGCUGAAUGGAACGCGGCCCCGCCAUGAAGAAGCAAAUCUGUCCACCUAUUCUGCUACGAAGGAUCAUAUCCGACAUGAAACUGCUGAGCUCGCAGAUAUUGGUGUCAACGAUGAAAAUCUGAGUGGGUAUUCCGGUGCGACGUUAAGCCGUGCUGGUCAUGCGGCUGUGCCCAAGACUGGUUUGGCUGAACCCAGGUUCCAUUCCGACAUGGGGGAGCUUAAUGAGCGUACAUGUCUUUUUCGAGGAUGCUCUACACCGUAUAGCGCCAUUCCUGAUACCCGAAACCUUUCUUAUGGCACAGAGGCGAUGGAGACAUGGGACACGCAAGGGUCCUCUCUACCCUCUGAGCGCCAUCCUCGUUUUUCGAGUUUGAGCCAAGAUAAUCACGCAUACAGGUUAACCCAUGUAUGUCAUUCGACAUGGAGAGAUGUGGGACAUGUACUCAUGGAACCUGUGCGCACCUUGCCCGCUGUGAUCCUCGGUCUAUUUCUCAAUAUUUUAGACGGAGUUUCCUACGGCAUGAUCACAUUUCCCACUUCCUUGCCUAUAUUUUCCACCUUUGGAGGAGAUGGCGUGUCGAUGUUUUUUGUCACUUGCGUUGUAUCGCAGCUGGUGUAUACCCUUGGUGGCUCGAUCUUCAAAGGUGGGAAUGGGAGCAUGAUGAUCGAAGUGGUGCCAUUUUAUCAUCUCAUCGUGAAAGAUAUUUUGCGUGUUGUGGGGGAAGACAAUCCCUCUUCUCUCAUUGCGACCACGAUGGUGGCAUUUGCCCUAUCUUCCGUUCUCACGGGACUUUUAUUUUGGCUCCAGGGUGUGUUUCAUUUGGGCGUCUUAAUCAGCUACUUCCCUCGUCACAUUUUAGUUGGCUGCAUUGGUGGCGUCGGUGUAUUUUUGGUCGAAACUGGCAUUGCUGUCACAGCGGGUCUGGAGUCCGAGAGUGGAGUCCAAUACAAUUGGGCAACAGUGCUACAGCUGGCCUCGAGUACAGAAACUGUCUUUCAAUGGCUCCUUCCUCUGGUGCAGGCGGUGCUGCUGAAUGUUAUCUCAUCUCGAUGUCACUCGCCACUAUUGAUUCCUAUGUACUUUCUUGUGGUCCUUGCCUUGUUUUAUGUUAUUUCAUUGGGCAUCCUUGGCUUAGACAUGCCCACUCUCUGGGAUCGCGGCUGGGUAUUUGAUGUUCGAGAGGCAGCAAAUGCCCCCUUUUAUCGUUAUCUGACGUAUUUCGAUAUUACUCAAAUCAAUUGGACUGCACUCUGGUCGACCCUUCAGACGCAAAUGGCUCUUGUGUUUUUUGGCAUCUUGCAUGUCCCUUUAAACGUCCCUGCUCUCGGUGUGACGAUAGGAGAAGACAAUGUUGACUUGGAUAAAGAACUCAGAGCGCAUGGCGUAUCGAAUGUGGCAGCCGGGCUGCUUGGCACAGUGCCCAACUACUUGUGUUAUGUCAAUUCCGUUAUGUUUUAUCGCGUGGGCGGCGGCUCUCGUCUAAGCGGCAUUAUGCUAGCAGCUGGUACGACGAUGGUCCUCCUUAUAGGGCCCAGCCCUAUAGGGUAUUUGCCUAUUAUGGUUGUCGGUGCGCUAAUCUUUGUAUUGGGUAUUGAUUUGGUUCGUGAGGCACUUUGGGACACAUGGGGUCGCGUCAACCGGCUAGAAUAUAUCACUAUUCUCAUUAUAGUGGUGGCCAUGACGCUUACUGACUUUGUCAUUGGGUGUUUGGUGGGGCUUGCUUUGGCAUGUAUUUUCUUUGUGAUGCAAACAUCGAGACGUAAUGCAGUCCGCUCUGCACUUUCUGGUGCGGCUGCACGAAGCACCGUGCGGCGCCAUUUGACACAGAGACGCUUCUUGGAUGAUGUGGCCAAGCAAACCAAGAUUCUAAAGCUACAAGGCUCGUUGUUUUUUGGUACGAUCAAUUCCGUCGAAUCGCUUGUAAGAAAAAUGCUUGACUUGGACGAAUGGCACAAAAACCCGAUUAGCUUUCUCGUCAUGGAUUUUGGAUUAGUGCAGUCUGUGGACUUUUCGGCUAUGGAAGCCAUGUUGCGAAUACGCCGCAUGCUCAGGACCAGAGAUGUGCAUUUGGUGUUUUGUGGUUUGAGCUUGGACGGAGACGUGGCCCAUUCUUUGCAAAAAGCGGACUUAUGGACUGAUAGAGCUAAUGGCCUCGAUGUCUUUGCUACCCUGAAUGAAGCAUUGGAAUGGACUGAAAAUGAAUACAUCCGCGGACUGUAUAUGUUCAACUUGUCUAUGACUGCCGGUGCUCUACGCCCAUCCAGCAUAGCAGGGCAAAGCACUUUUCGAUCCAUUCAUCCUAAGCCAAAACCCACCGUAACCUACGAUGAAGUGGACGAAAAUCCGCCACGUUAUGAACAACUACGUGAAGCUGCGAGACGCGUGACGCAAAAUUUGCAAAAGGGCUUUGCCUUUAUGCCUGGUAUAUCUUACGAAAAUGGCGCAUCUCAGCAGGACACAUCCGCUGCGUCUAUUUCACUUUUGUCUAUCACACUGGGUCCCUACAUGGACCAUUCUCAAAAAAGUGAGCACCUGUUUCAGCUGAUUAGUAAGGAGCUGAAAGAGAUGGUGAUUCCCAAAGAUACCUUAUUGUGGGACUGGAAUGAGCAACCCGAUGCUUUGUAUUUUAUUGAAUCCGGUAUCCUUAAAGCGCGGUAUGCGUUUCCACAAGAUGAUUAUGAGAUUAGCGAGGCCAUGUUGGCAGGCACCAUUGCUGGUGAGCUGACAUUCUUGGCACAACAGCCCCGAGACACCAUGGUCAGAACAGAAGUGGACACGAAAGUUUGGCGUUUGGAUGGUCAAUCUGUGAAGAAUAUUGUUCAUCAAGAUACCCAAGCCUACACAAUGCUUGUGCAAUUGUUACUUCGCAUUACGGCAGAUGAACAAAACUGUCUCAGAUCUUACCUAGUUUCUCAAAUGAGCUAG